AUGUCUCAACCGACGACAACCUCUGGCCGGACAAAGUCAUCUCGGCACUUCAUUGCUGGACUUGGCUCUGGUGUCGCGUCGGCGGUGCUGCUGCAACCGCUGGACCUGCUAAAAACACGUGUGCAGCAAUCGGGUCACCGAUCCCUCGCCUCAUAUCUCAAAGAUGUCGCCGCUGCCCCGAACAAAAUCCAGACACUUUGGCGCGGGACAGUUCCGUCUGCUCUCAGGACCGGCUUCGGCUCAGCUCUCUACUUCACAUCCCUCAAUUCCAUCCGUCAACAUGUUGCUCAAUCGCGCCUCUUGGGUCAGGCCACAGCUAGCCAUGCCGCCCACUCGUCCUCAUUGCCGACACUCACCCCGAUGUCUAACCUGGUAGCCGGCGCCCUUGCCCGAACGCUUGCAGGCUUCGUCUUGAUGCCACUGACCAUUAUUAAAGUUCGAUACGAAUCGAACCUCUAUUCCUACCAAUCUCUUCUCAGCGCAUCAUCCGACAUAUACAGGACGAACGGCCUGCGAGGCUUCUUUGCGGGCUUCGGCGCUACGGCUGUUCGCGAUGCGCCGUAUGCAGGCAUGUAUGUAUUGUUUUAUGAACUGCUGAAGAAGCGGCUCAGCGGCCUGUCCUUUGACAGAGGAGGACAGAACUCUUCACACCCCACCACGAUCAAAACAUCACAUGCGACCUUGGUAAACUUUAGCUCCGCCAUCAUGGCCGGGGCCGCUUGCUCUGUCGUGUCGAAUCCGUUCGACGCCAUUAAGACGAGGAUUCAGUUGCAGCCAGCCAUAUACCGGAACAUGUAUCAGGCUUGCCGUAAGAUGGUCACAGAGGAGGGCGUGCGGUCACUCCUGGAUGGGGUAGCUCUGCGAAUGAGCAAGAAAGCAAUGAGUUCAGCCUUGGCCUGGACUGUGUAUGAAGAAUUGAUUCGACGAGCUGAGAGCACUUGGUCCUCUGGAAUGACAACGAACGGAACAGCGCCAUAG